AUGGACAGACCAAAGCAAGCAUCAGAUGAUGAGACUUCUUACCUUGUCUCUCUUUCUCACUACGAUACACACAGCCUUUGCUCGGACUACACAUUGAGGCGCCACAAAUACGAAUCCGAGGCCAACGCUGGAUGUUACGAAGCGAGACAAGAUUGGAUCAAAUACGUCGGGCCAAUCGAAGAAUUCGGGGGAUGUAACCCUAUCAACGGCAACUUCUCGGCUGUGGUCCUACCACUUACCAAGCCGGAAAGGUUGCGCAUGAUCGCUUAUGUGCUUGAGUAUGCAUUCCUUUACGAUAAUAUGAUUGAGCUUGAGAAACCAGAAACGUCGCGUGCUGAUAAUCAAAACAAAAGAGAGUGGAAAAACACGAACCCGGCACUGGGCAAGACACAGAUUCAAGCGAAGAUCAUGAUACAGCUUGCUUCCAUCGACUAUGCGUGUACUGAACGGGUAAAAAGUGUGUGGACAGAGAUGAUUGAUACGACUCUACGAGACAAGAACAAGUGCUUUACCCACCUGGAAGAGUACGUGAACUUCCGCAUGAUUGAUACUGGAGCGCCGUUUGUGGAAGCCAUGCUGCUGUUUGGCAUGGGUGUGACGCUCAGCAAAGAAGAGGACAUUAAACUCGAGCAAAUUCGCAAGCCUUGUUACGCAGCUCUCGGCCUGGCUAAUGACUUCUUCUCCUUUGACCGCGAAUAUGCGGACUUCGAAAAAUCUGGAAAGUCGCAAACACUGACGAACGCGGUCUGGCUUCACAUGCAAUGGUACAACAUGGAUGUAAAUGCGGCAAAAAGCAUGACUUUGGAGGCGACGAAAAGAUACGAGGAGCAGUUUCUGGGGAGCUUUGCAGAAAAUGUUGUUUGGAGUUUGAAUUGUCCGAGGUACCACCGAGAGUACAGAUAUGACCCGAAUGUGGGCAUGGAAGAUGGACUGACAGCGGAGUCGCUUCAAAAGACACUUUGUCUUGAGUACGAUGCUUAUAUACGAACCGAGGUAAAGGAAGAGCGGGAUGAAAGCUCCCGGCGUUCGUCUACCGAUUCAUCCCUUCAAGCCUCCGAAGACGACAGCUUCACAACGAGGGAUGAUGUUUCGAUCUCUUCUUAUACAUCUGUCUCUCCUUCGACCUUAAAGGACGAUCAAAUACUUUGCAAUGAUCUGUUAGGCCAAGAAAAUGUCCAGGCACCUUUCGAUUACAUCACUUCACUCCCCUCCAAAGGUGUACGAGACACCUUCAUCGACGCUCUCAAUAUCUGGCUCAACGUACCCGAGACCGUCGUAUCCCGUAUCAAAUCACUAGGAAACCGUCUACACGCUGCAUCUCUUAUGCUCGAUGAUAUCGAAGAUGGGUCUAAUCUCCGACGAGGUCAGCCGGCGACGCACACCGUCUUCGGUAUUGCACAAACGAUCAACUCCGGAUGUUACGAAGUCCUCCAAGCUGUGAGUGAGGCUCAAGAAUUGGGCGCCGCAGAGGUAAAGAUUGUCUUCGAAGAACUCGCCGAAUUGCACAUCGGCCAGUCUUAUGAUCUCUUUUGGACAUAUCAUACCCAGUGUCCGUCCGAGAACGAGUAUCUGGAGAUGGUGAACAAGAAGACUGGAGGUCUGUUUCGAUUGUUGGUGCGGCUUCUGCUUGAGUCUGCAGAUUGCGAAUUGUUGCGAGUUACGCAAGGCGCAGAUAUUGAGGAGCUUGUAAGCUGUAUUGGGAUACAAUACCAGGUCCGCGAUGAUUAUCAGAACCUUCAUUCGCCGGAAUACAGUGCUCAAAAGGGAUUUUGUGAGGAUCUGGAUGAGGGUAAAAUGUCCUUCCCACUCGUUCACGCGUUGAAAAGUUGCGAAGACAACGCUGAACUGUAUGAGCUUCUCCGACAACGGCGGGAUAUCGGAUAUUUAUCAGAUGAGCAGAAAAAGCUUGUGCUGGGGCAACUCGACCGAGCGGGCAGCAUGACGUAUACGCGAGAUACAUUGAGACGACUACAGGGGGAGAUUCAUGCUGGCUUGAAGAGAGUUGAGGAUGUUACUGGAAGGGAAAAUUGGAUAUUGAGGGCUUUGUUACAGAGACUCGAGGUGUAG